GGAGCGGAGCGCGUCUCUCUAUAAAUGUCCUCCCAGCAGGCAGGACUCUGAUCUGCUGCCUCCUCUCCUACCUGCGCGUAAACUCAACCGAUCGGACGGCGACAUGGCUGACAUGCUGGUAAAGAACAGGCCCCUGAGGGUGGGCGAGACGUUGACCAUCACCGGGAUCCCCAAGACGAAUGUACAACGCUUUGUGGUGAACAUCAGCUCCGGGGUCGACCAUGCGCUCCACAUGAGCGUGCAGUUCCACGGCACGGUGAUCUACAACUCGUGCCAGGCGGGGUGCUGGGGGGCCGAGGUCCGCCACGGGCGGUGCCCCUUCAAAUACGACAAGCUCUUCAAGUUCACCGUCACCCUGACCCGUGAGGAGUUCCUGGUGGUCCUGAGCGAUGGCUCUGAGAUCCACUUCCCCAACCGCCUGGGGGCGUCUGAGUACAAGGACUUCUCCUUCGACGAGGGCGUCCUCAUCCGCAGCUUUGAGAUCAACUAACCCUGAGCUGGAUCUCCUCCUUCAGUCUGGUGGCCUCUCCUCACAGCAGACCGGUUCACAGGCAGAUGAGAACCACUCACUACAUCAACCUCUGACAUCCCUGUGUUAGAUGUUCUUUACAAAGCUUUUUCUGCAAUGGUAAAACUGAUUGAUUUGUUUUGUUUAGGCCUUUGUAUUCCUUUGAGAACAUCGGCCAUUGAUGAAUCGCUUCCUCCCUGGCCUGUCUUGGGCCAUCUUCUCCAUCUGUUGCCCCGUCAGCCCUUCCUCCUUGAAUCGUAAAACUGAUGUGGAUUAAAAAUGAUUUUUUUAGCAAUGAUAAUCAGCAUCUGGUGAUUUAUUUAUCAAGUUGUCGU